CGGUCCGACGUGAGCGCCAUGCUGACGCUCAGCGGCGAGGUCGGGGGGGAGAAGAACGAGCGACAGCAGCGCCGCCGCACCGAGGACCAGCAGAAGGUGGCCAAGACCGCCGCCGGCUACAACGCCGCCAACAAGACGCUCAUGGUGCUCAUCAUGAAGAUGAUCAUGCAGUUGGCGCAGUCGCGCCGCACGGUGGAGGGGAUCCUAUUCGACGUCGUGCUGGUGCCUCACGACAUGCCAGAGGUAACUCGCAUGGCAGAGCAAGGAGCCAAGUACAACGAGCAGGUCCAGGCCAAGGGCAAGGGCCACAGCCUCGGCGCGCCUCAUCUGUACGUGUUCGGGGGCCUGCUGGAGGCGCUGAUAAAUCGGCAGGAGAGCAUCGGCAAGGCGAACCUGGCGAAGCUGCAGGAGAUGAAGGGACGCUUGAGCACGAUGGACUACGCCGACCGCAUGGACAUCAUCAAGUUCACCAAGCUCGACAGGUGCUACGACCAGACGAAGAGGCGCAUCACUUUGUGCCUGGGCGACGGCCGCAAAGAGGUGAUCGGAGCGCUGGUCCAGCUUGGGGGGGGGCUCAAGUCGGGGAGGGCGCCAGCGACACACAUGGAGCGCGAGAUGCAGGAGUGGCUAGAGACGUUCCUG